CUCCGAUCAGUGCGGCAGGAAAAACGCAGAGGAGACGCGGCGGAGAGAGAGAGAGCGAGAGAGGGGGACAGGGGGAAACAGUUAGAAAAGAAAACGAAGAACAACAUGGACACAAACGGGCUCUUUAGGGUGUGUGUGAAACUGUCCUCCGGUGUUGGACUGUAGCCUCCCUCCUCUGACACACAGCUGCUCCGUUAUGUCGGCCAGCCUGGGGAUAAUAAUGUCAGGGAAUGGAGGAAAUCUUCAGAAAUCCUGCUUCUAAACCGCGCCGUGCUGGCUGGGUUUAAGGAUAUAACUGAAACAUAAGGACAUUAAAACAGAGGAUGGUGCUCAUGUAGCCGAGGAGCGCCCUUUGGAACUCGUCGUGAUCUCCAACAUCAGGCCACGCUCAAAGUUUUUUUUUUUUUUUUUUUCCUUUUUUUUCUUUUUUUUUCAGGAGAAGGGGAAAUUUUGCUGCAUUGAAUUCCUCUGGACGGGAUGUCAUCCGCAGUCAGGAGGAAUUCCUCUGGCUGACUGCUCCUCCAGCUGCAGUGUAGCGGGAUCCCGACUCAGUAAAAGAUGGGAGAUGCGGCAGAUGACAGAGGGAUGAGACGGACCUUCAUCGUCCCUGCCAUCAAGAGCUUCGAUCACUAUGACUUUACCAGGGCCAAGAUAUCAUGCAGCCUGACGUGGCUGGUGGCCAAGGCUUUCGGCUCGGAUGCGAUACCAGAGGAGCUGGUUGAGCCUUUCUACAGGGACCAGUACAACCAGGAGCACCUGAAGCCUCCGGUGGCCUGCCUGCUCCAGUCUGCAGAGCUCUACUGCCGGGCGGGGAGCCUGAUCCUCCGCAGCGAUGCCGUCAAACCAUUACUGGGACACAACGCCGUCAUCCAGGCCCUGGCCCAGAAAGGCCUGUAUGUCACGGACCAGGACCGACUGGUCACGGAGAGAGACCUGACCAGCACACCUAUACACAUGAGUUCCCAUCUGGCGCUCAUAGACACCCUGAUGAUGGCGUACACAGUGGAGAUGGUGAGCGUGGAGAGGGUGAUGUCCUGCAUCAACAGGUACUCCUCCGCUGAACCCUCACACAGUGACGGACACAUCCAGGAGCUGCCUUAUGACACAGAGGAUGCAAUCACCACCUGGAUUAACAAGGUGAAUGAACACCUAAGGGAUAUCCUUGUGGAGGAGCAGAAGCUGAGAGAGGCUGCCUUUCAGGAGUCAAACACAGCAACACACAAAGCUCGCUACAGGAGGGAGCAUGCCCAGCAGAGGAGCGCUCCUUCGCUCCCCCUGGUGGAGAACCUGCUGAAGGACAACACAGACGGCUGCGCCCUGACUGCCCUGCUGCACUUCUACUGCCCACAGGCCGUCAGACUGGAAGAUAUCUGCCUCAAGGAGACCAUGUCACUGGCUGACAGUCUGUACAACCUCCAGCUGGUGCAGGAGUUCUGCAAGAACAACCUGAACCACUGCUGCCACUUCAGCCUGGAGGACAUGCUCUACGCGCAUGCAUCCGUAAAGAGUAACUAUCUGGUGUUUAUGGCUGAGCUUUUCUGGUGGUUUGAAGUGGUUAAACCCUCGUUUGUGCAGCCCAGAGUCUUCGACCCGAAUGCGUGUGAGCCUGUACCCUCUAGAAAUAUGGCUCCUGUAUCCAGUCCAGUCAAACAGAGCUAUGCAGACAGACCUGACAGCCCGGAAAACAUCCCUGUCGAGGGAAUAAUGAAGAGAUCUACCUCCAUGUCCUAUGUAGAUGGCUGUGUUGGGACAUGGCCCAAAGAAAAACGCUCCUCCUCUCGAGGAAUCUCCUUUGAGAUUCCUCUGGACGGAGACCCGACUAUGCUGCCCUGUGAAGCUCCCUCCCUCAGAGGUAUGACCCGGUCGGCCAGCAGUGACGGUCUAGGGUUCAAAGUUCACUAUGCAUCCCGAGGAGGCAUGAAGCGCCACCUCUCCCUCGUGCCCGUCAAUGUAAACGGCCAGAGCAGACACAUACCGGAGGAGGAUGAGGACUUCAUCUCCCACAAACCCCUGGGGCGGAACAACACAUUCUCAGUCAAGAACCAAAGCAGGCACUCCAAUGGGGUCCUCCCUGACAGCAUCCACAGCUCCAGCAAUCACCAUGGUAACCAUAGCGGCCACAUCAGCCCAUCAACCCCUCCGAGCAUUGAGGAGGCCCUGAAGAUUAUCCACGACACAGAAAGGCCCCACGCCAGCCUGGGCGUGGGGGACGGAGACAAUGGCUUCUUUCUCCACGGUGCGGAGCCCUCAGACCCUGCAGGGGCCCAAGGUCAAGGAGACGACCUGGGUUCAGCUAAGGCUCGGCUGAAUGAGCACGACCCCAACUCGGUGUCCACUGAUGAAGUUGACACGGGCAUCCAUGUGAGGACAGAGGACAUCCAGAGCUUGGAUGAGGACUCCUCCUCACUGCGAGACUAUUCAGAUAUAGACCCAGACUGUGAGGCCGUGACCAGGUCGUGCCCUCUGCCUGACCAGCUGGAGAUGGAGACAAGCAAGGAAGGAGGGCGCAAAGAGGUUGGUGACACUAAUCCUGAGGGUGAGAGGGGAAAUGGAGUUGACAGGAGCAGCCCCUGUCCCAGCUCAGCACCCACAAUCCCCAGAUCUCACACUGUCAGCCCAGCCUCGUCGUCUGGUGGCUCUGGUGGAGGCCUGGUGCGGAUGACGAGCUUUGCAGAGCAGAAAUUCAGGAAGUUGGAGGGGAGGAGUAGUGGAGGAACCACACCAGAGAGUUCAGAUCUCAACGUACCGUACACACACUCGACAAAAAACAUUUCUUCUCAGAUCUCUACACCUCCUUUGCCAAUCACAUCUCCCUCCCCAGUAACACCUUCCCCCAGAGACCCCUCCCAUGUCAUAGCGUCAGAGAUGAUCCAACUGAGGAUGAAGCUGGAAGAGAAACGCAGAGCCAUUGAAGCCCAGAAGAAGAAGGUGGAAGCAGCUUUUACUCGCCAUCGCCAAAGGAUGGGCAGAACGGCCUUUCUGAAUGUUGUGAGAAGGAAAGGAGUCACACCCCCCAUCAGCCUUAGCUCAGGGGGAGCAGAAACACCUUCCCCAGAGCCGCUCAUGUCCUCAAAGGGAAGCAGCCAGAGCAGCAUGGAGCGGGCGGAGAGGUGCAAGCCAGAUGGAGCAGCUCCAAAAUCGCCCUGUGAAGAUGGCGGAGGUGUUGCACCAGGAGAAAUCGACCUUGCAGAAUACACACGCUCCAUUGAGAGACUGAACACGUCACUGGGCUUCCUGCAGACAGAAAUGCAGCGUUUGGCCCAGCAGCAGGAGAGGAUCAUGGCCAUGAGAGAGCAACAACAACAAGCCUGGGUCAUUCCUCCUCCUGCUCCAUCUCCGCACAGGCAGCUGCGUGAGCUGCGUAGCAGCAGCGUAACAGGCCGGGGAUCAGGCCGAGGCUCGGUUGGGUCUUUGUCUCCUAUCCUGUCUUCUUCUGGCUCUCCACGUGCUCCUAAUCGUUCCCCAGCUGGCAUCAAGCGGCGGCCAGCCUCUUUCCAUGCCAGGACGCCUCGGACUCCACGACCAAAUGAUCUGAAGGUCACCCCCUUCAGCCGAAUGCUCAACACCCCCACUUCGGUGGACAGCCUACCCAGACUGAGGCGCUUCACCCCCAGCCAACCCCAGCUCUGUUCUUUCUCCUACUUGGGCAAUGAUGAGAGGUCUGGGGAAAACAAGAACCAAGAGGCCAAGAACAACAAAGAAAACGCUAAAGACAAAGAAGAGACAGUGGCUAAGAAGAGUGCUGGCACUCCUCAGCCUGCUACUAAAGAAACAGCCAAAGAGAAGGAAGAUGAGCAACAGGAGAGGAGAAAGGCAGAACAGCCUCCUUUGAAGGGUGAAGUCAAACAAUCAAGGAUGUCAGAGGUGUUGCGUCAGCCGGUAUCUGAGAUCCAAGGGGCCGCAGGCAGCCAGGUCAAAGACGACCCUCAGGACAAGAGGGACCUGGUAGAGGUGCCUCUGUCUGGGCUGAAGCCUCCAGAAGGCCACAGUCAGGAGAUGACAAGAGAGGGAGAAACUGGAGGAGAUACUGUUGGAGACGAUCAAAAGAUGUGCUGUGGAUUCUUCUUCAAGGAUGAUGUAAAAGGGGAGGAGGAUAUGGCAGCAAAGAAAGCAGCACUGCUGGAGAAGAGGCUGAGGAGGGAGAAGGAAGCCCAGGAGAGGAAGCAACAGCAGGAGCUGGACCAGGAGCAGAAGAGGGAAGCUGCACGGCUGAAAGCAGAGGAGGAGCAGCAGAAGAAGGAUGACGAGAAAGCCAGGAGGGAUUACAUCAAGAAUGAGUAUUUGAGGAUGAAGCAGCUCAAACUGAUGCAGGACAUGGACGAAGUCAUCAAACCUCGAUCUGGAAGUCUCAAGAAGAAGCCACGUCCCAAAUCAAUCCACAGAGACGUCAUGGAGUCAUCUACUCCCCCUGUGAGAGCAACAGGGGUGCGUCCUCGAGGCUUCUCAGUAUCUAGUGUUUCUUUGGCGUCUCUCAAUCUAGCUGACAACGACAGAGACCAGCCAGAUAACAGGAAGAACAACAGAGGCAAUAAAAUAGCUUCUGCACAUAUCCCAUUCUUUCUAAACUCUCCUAAAGAAAGAAAGGGAAGGUCAGUAAUGCUCUGGAAAGAAGUGCCUCCACAGAUGAAGUGUAUGAAACUACUGCCGGACUCUGCGGAAGGUUUUUCUUCUUGUCCUUCGGCUGGAAGUCGCAACGGAGAGAAGGACUGGGAGAAUGAUUCUACCACCUCCUCCACUCCCUCUAACGCUGAGUACACAGGACCCAAACUAUACAAGGAGCCCAGUGCAAAGUCCAACAAGCACAUCAUCCAGAAUGCCCUGGCUCACUGCUGCCUCGCUGGCAAGGUCAACGAAGGGCAGAAAAACAAGAUACUGGAUGAAAUGGAGAAAUCCGAAGCCAAUAACUUCUUGGUGUUGUUCCGUGACGCUGGAUGCCAGUUCAGGUCAGUGUACACCUACUGCCCCGAGACCGAAGAAAUCACCAAACUAGCCGGCAUCGGGCCCAGGAACAUCACGACCAAGAUGAUCGAGGGCCUCUACAAGUACAACUCAGACAGGAAACAGUUCAGCCAGAUCCCAGCCAAAACCAUGUCCGCCAGUGUGGACGCCAUCACCAUCGCCAGCCAUCUGUGGCAGACCAAGAAGCAGGGGACGCCCAAAAAACUGCAUCCUAAGUAGUGCCAGAUGGUUGGGCAACAUUUGAACAUGCUUCUCUGGAAAGAACACAGAAGAAUUUGUGGAUUUGACUUUUUCAUUAAAGGGACAUGUGGUCCCACUGUUAUAAAUCACAACUGGAAUGUAGAACACAAAUGGGCCUCUCAGACGUUGUUGUUACAAUACAGAGCUGACUGUUACACUCUGGACUACUUAAAAGGGGCACAAGUAUGUACUUGUCAGCAUGUGUAUCAAUGUUUUCGUGUGCCAAAAAAAGAGAAGAAAAUAAUAGGCGGACCAUUGCCUUACCUAGUUGAACCACUGAAGCACUGAAUGUCACGCCUCUGGAAGAGGCAGUUUGGUUUCUAUAAGUUGAUCAUGUGUGGCCUUAUGCUUGUUUUGUGUCAUAUGGAUGCGCUGUGAGUGUUGGUGUCAUUUUGUCAGCGCCUGUUGAAAAGGUCUGUUGUGGUACAGGAGAAGUUGCGUGCACACACAGAUCUGGGACGCCCCCUCCAUGGUUGUUAAAAAGGUGGCCUGUCUGAUCUGUGAUCAGGUAGAGGCAGCAUUUUUGGUGAGGGUUUUGCUGCUAUACAGGCACGUUUUUUUUUUCUUUUCUUUUUUUUCUUUUUUCUUUUUUUUUUUUACAUGUGACUGAAAAACCUAUGAGCAGUUCGAAUUUGUGUAUGUGUGUAUAGUGAAGUGCCAAGAAGAGUGAGGAAAAUACCUCAGUUGGUGAUUGCAAUUACUUUCCAAAAGUGUAAAGUGAUGAGAUUAUUGAGCAAACGGAGUACCAUCAAACAAUUCUGGAAAGCACCUGCAAUGGACUCUUAAUUUAUUAUUGAAGAUAUUUUAAAAAGGCGUCUUAGAUUUUAUUCAGAGAAACAUAAUAUACUGUAGGUAUAUAAGUUAAAUUAGUUUGUAUAUAAUGGCAGUUCCAUUCACAACGAACAAGUCAGCUUGUAGUAGCUUUUGAGUAGCUUUUAUAAUUUAUCAUGUACGUGUAUCAGUAUGUUGUUGUUUGGGGCCUUUUAUUGUGCUACAGAUGCAAAAAGUGAUCACUCAACAGUAUCACUGAUAAGACUAUCAUCAGUAUUAGAAUAGACGGAAAUCCCACACUGUGUCAUCAGUCUGUGCAAUGAUCAGAGUAAUUUAAAUAAUCACCAUUGACCAUGUUGCAGCCGGAACUAAAUACUAGAUACUCCAAAAUGUCACUUUAAUGUGGAUAUUGUCUGAACUAUUAGAUCUUGAUUACCCUUGAAGUAGUCCACAACUGUAAAUAAAUGAAUUCACCUAUGAUAGCACUUCAAGACCCUGUCCACCGUCAUUAAGUCUAAUCAAAGAUGUUCCCACUUCAGGACUGUCCUGCUUGUUACUCUACAUUGACAUUACUGUUACAUUUGUUAUCACGCGUUCCUUCAGUAUGUGUUGACACUGUACAGAUAUAUUUUGGCAUAUAGAAGUAUUUUUUGUAACGACAUUUACCUGUUGGAGGUGCGUACUGAUGAAGAUGCAGAAGGAAGUGUGUUGAGAGCAAAGUGUAGCCGAGGAGGCAAGGUAUAUGAAGUCUCACUGAGGCUUUGUUGUGGUAUUGUAUGAAAUCCAGUGAGUAUACUGAGAAAAUCAUACUAUUUUUUCCAACUCUGAAUUCAUUUUCUUUUCAGUUAACUAAAUAUGCCCAAUUGUUCAUGGAUUUUUGUUUUUUGUUUUUCUAUUCCUUUGAGCUUUAUUAAAAUGCCAGCUAUCAACAGUA